GCUUGAAGUCGAGGUUGUCAUUCGUGUAGUUGUACGUCGCGCCUAUCCUCGUGAUAUCUCUGAUGAUCGAUAUAUUACGUUAAAUCUUAGUAAACAUUACGAAAGAACAUAAAGACUUGUCCUAUUCUAUUUCCUACGUGAAUUAGAAUGACAAGUAAAAAAGGACAGAUCUUCCGAAUUGAACAAGAAAUCGAUAAAAACCGUGAGGAAGGAAAUUGGAAAAAGGUUAUAGAAUUGGCGGAACAUCUUAAAGUACAGUACCCAAGCAAUGAAUGUUUAGCAAAUUUUCUAUGCGGCGAAGGAAGAUUAGAAAGCUUUUUAGAACAAACUCCACCCGUAGAUGCCAAUAUUGGAAAGGCAAAAAAUGGGCUGGCAGAAACUAGAAGGUACUUACUUCUUGCUGCAAAUGAAAAAGAUAAACAGGCUUUAGUCGUAUUAGAUGCUCAUUUAUUACUCGGAAAGCUACACUAUGCAAUGGGAAUGUACGAAGAGGCUAUAAAUCAUUACGAGCAAGCUGAAUUGCAUACACUCACGGAAAAGCAAUUGCCUUGCCGUAGUCUACGCAUUAUUGCAGAAUCGUAUGCGAUUAAAGACACAGAGAAACAUUUAUCCUGCCGGAGACUGCGCAUUAUAGCCGAAUCAUACUCGAUUAAAGGUCUUUGUCUGGAAAGGUUACCACCAAAUUCGAAAUCAAAAUACAAAAUAGCAGAAUGGCAAGAACAGAUUAUCAAAUGUUACGAAAUUGCUGGGGAUCUAACAUUGGUAUAUUUACAAGAACAGGACAAACUCGCGCAGCAACAUCAAAAUGGUACAUAUUCUUCUCAGUCUUCGUAUUGUACUACAAAACACAUUGGGCCAAUUUUGGAGACGGCGCUUCAAAGGGCGCCUAUUCUGUAUAUUCAAACGGGUAAUAUUCAAGCUGCUAUAAAUCGUUACAGGGAAAUUUUAUCUGCCGUGGAGUCUACUACAACUCAAAGUCUUCGAGUUACUCUAACAAGGCAAUUGGCAGAAGUAUUAAUUCGAGGAAUGAAUAGUACAGAAUACAAAACCCCAGUGGCGCCAAACGAUGCGACAGAUUCACCAUGGAAGCCAAAGAAAUACUUAGGUCCUAAUAUGUUUGUGCCAAGGAAUGAGUACGAGGAAACAAUUUUAUUAUUACUAAUAAGCGAAGCUAUGGCAGUCAGGGAUGCUGUGCUCAGUCAAUCUCCAGAAUUUAAAGAAGCAAGAAUACAUGCUUUUGAGAAUGCCACAGCAAUCUAUGAUCUUCUCACAGCGGUUGUUGUGAGGUGGAGUCAAGUGGAUUUGCUAUACGAGUCGUUUGAAAGAGCGAUGAAAUUCUCUCACGAGGAAGCGCAUGUAUGGACUCAAUGUGCAUUGUGUUUAAUAAGUAUGGGCAGAUACAUGCACGCAUACAGGGUCUUAAAAGUGGUGGCAAGGCUGUCGCCGCAGAAAGUAAUGCCCUGCCUUUUAGCUGCAAAGCUAUGCUAUGAACAAUUAAAUAUGAUCAAAGAAGGUAUCGAAUGGAGCCAGAAAGCGCUUCAAAGGGAAACAUCAAAUUCGCAAGGAAUGCAGUCUAGGUGCCAUCUUUACAUUGGAAUCGGCCAUAGUAUUUUCUCUGUAAAUACUAUAGUAAAAUUAGAUAAAAAUUAUCACACUAAAACGGCUUUAGAAUGUUUUCAGAAAGCACAACAAUGCGAUCCAAACGAUCACUUGGCUGAAUAUUAUUUGGCUCAUGAAUAUGCUAUCAACAGACAAAUUAACGAUGCAAUGAUUCAUGUAAAAAUUGCAUUGAACCUCCGGGCAGAACACAUUCCAUCGUUGCAUUUAUUAGUAUUAUUACUGUCCGCCCAUAAACAAUAUUCAGAAGCAUUGCGUUUAAUUAACAGUGUGUUAGAGGAAUAUCCAGAUAAUUUGAAUUUUCUUUAUGUGAAAGCCCAUCUUGAAUUACGAAGUAUCAGUGGCGAGCAAGCGUUGUUCACCAUAAGACAUAUGCUUUUGCUUUGGAAGAAUCUGUACGAAGAUCAGACUAAUGCUAAUUGUAACGAACAGCACAGCGAAAGACGCAGCGAAACUAGAAGCGUCUUUCAGCUAUAUGCUUCUGAAAUGUCUGACAAAGAUUCCAGUUCUCUGCAUGCCCAGUCGCUAGCUGCUUCAAAGGUGGAACAAGCUUUAUCCGAAGUCGCGUCUUCGCUCAGCUCGUUUACACCAAAACCCGGCCCACAGAGAGCAUGGUUGUUGCAGUUACAGGUCUGGUUAUUACUCACUGAAGUAUAUCUGGUCUUGGAUCAACCAAACGGUGCUGUUCUUUCUUUACAAGAGGCUACCAAUAUUUUUCCAUUGAGCCAUCAUAUUAUGUACACCCGAGGUCUUUUGCACGAGUAUAAACUGGAAUAUACGGAAGCGAAACAGUGUUACCAAAAUGCAGUUUCGAUCAAUCCGUCGCAUAUAAAGAGUCUACAACAUUUGGGUCUAAUUUAUCACUAUUUGGGAAGUCAAAGAUUGGCCGAAAAAACAUUAAGAGAUGCUGCAAAAAUAGAUCCAAAUUCUCACCAAACAUGGUACAAUUUAGGAAAGGUGUUGGAAUCUGUAGGCGAAGUAGAAGCAGCAAGCGAUUGUAUGGCGACAGCGUUGGAAGUAGAAACUACGAAUCCGAUCUUACCGAUUCUCUCAAUACCAGUUACUUUCGAAUGAUUCAGAAUUUUAAUCGUUUGAAGCAAGAUUCAAAGAAAUUCCAAUGGCUAUUCCGCAACAUUGACAUUUCUUUGCCCUUGUGGCAAUUGUACCUGCUUAUCUCUACCGUUGCACUGUUACAAUAUUGUAUAAAUAAAUGGAUCCGUUAAUGAAUAUUAGAACGAUACAAAUAAUUUAACAACAAUCGCUGUAAUAAGUUCUAAUAAAGAAAUAAU